AUGAGCCGGCCAAUGGAGGAGGAUGGACAGGUUGUUAAGAAUGAAGAAGAAGAAUUUAACACAGGACCCCUAUCUAUCCUGAUGAUGAGUGUUAAAAAUAACACUCAGGUGCUUAUCAAUUGUCGAAACAACAAGAAGCUUCUUGGUCGUGUGAGAGCCUUUGAUCGGCACUGCAAUAUGGUUUUGGAAAAUGUCAGGGAGAUGUGGACUGAGGUACCGAAAACUGGGAAAGGCAAGAAAAAGGCCCUUCCAGUUAACAAGGACAGAUUCAUUAGCAAAAUGUUCCUCCGUGGAGACUCGGUGAUCAUAGUUCUGAGGAAUCCCAAGUGA